AUGUGCAACCUUCAAAUGAGGCUGCCCUCUCCCUUAUCUCCCCCCUGCAGUGUCUACGGCUGUCCCGUGGCUAAGAAGAGAAAAGGGCUGGACAGGCCGCCGCCGUCGCCCUCACCCAAGAGCAACAACUACCUAGACCCCAUGGACAACUCCACGAUGGAGGAGUGCUACGAGUCAGAUGGCACUGAGGAGAUGGAUGGUCCGGAGGGAGAGGGAGGAGAGGAGGAGGAGGAGGAGGAGGAGGAGCGGGAAGAAGAAGAAGAAGAAGAAGAAGAAGAAGAAGGAGGAGGAGGAGAAGGAGGAGGAGGUGGAGGAGGAGGAGCAGCGGUUGUGGAGGAAGAAGAGGGGGAGGCGGAAAUGGAGGAAGAAGGGGAAGAGGAGGAAGAGGAGGAGGAGGAAGGGUACACGGACUACAACGAUGCCCAUAUGGAGGCCGGGGAGGUGGAGAGGGGGCCUGACGCAGAGGAGGAGGAGGAAGAGGAGGACGUAGAGGUGGAGCAAGGAGACGAGGAGGAGGAGGAGGCGGAUGAGAGGGUGGAGGAGGAGGAGGAGGAGGAGGAGGAGGAGGAAGAGGAGGAGGAGGAAGAAGUGGAGUAUGAGGAUGACGAGGAGGAGGAAGAAGAGCCCAGGAGUCAUCGACAAGGGGACGAUCUGAUGUGCGGUGGCGGGGGAGGAGGAGGAGGUGGCGGCGGCGGCGGCAGCAGCAGCAGCCACAGCAGCAGCAGUGGCUCGAGCCGUGCUGAGGGAAGCGAAGGCAACCACGUCGCCCGUGGCAACCACAGAGACGGCGCCGACAGUGGAAACCCCCGACAGGGCCCCAUGCCGGAGAAGGACGACAACAACAACGAGAACGAGUACGAGAACUACGACGAGUUGGUGGCCAAGUCGCUGCUCAACCUGGGCAAGAUCGCCGAGGACGCCGCCUACCGCGCCAUGACCGAGUCGGAGAUGAACAGCAACUCCUCCAACAGCGCCGAGGAGGAGGAAGACGAGGACGACGAAGAGGAGGAGGAGGAGGAGGAGGAGGAGGAGGACGAGGAAGAGGAGGAGGACGAGGAGGAGGAAGAGGAGGAGGACGAGGGAGAGGUGCCGCAGAAGGGCGAUCUCAGCCUGGACGUGGACAGCGACGUGGUGCGGGAGACGGUGGAUUCGCUGAAGCUGUUGGCGCAGGGCCACGGCGCCAUGCUGUCCGACCACCUGGACGGCCAGGACUACGGGGACGGCUUCGGGGAGAACGGCGAGAUGCACGGCGAGUACGCGGGGGGACGGGGCGUGGGACACCCCGGCGGGCAGGCCAAGGCCGCCGGCAACGGUCAGGGCGGCGAGGACAGCGACGAGGAGGUGUGCCUCAGCAGCCUGGAGUGCCUGCGCAACCAGUGCUUCGACCUGGCGCGGAAGCUCAGCGAGACCAAAAGCGCCGACCGGGUCCCGGGCCACGGCCAGCUGAGCCACUACGGCGGCGGCGGCGGCGGCGGCGGGGGUGGCGGCGGCGACGGGCACCACCCGGCCCAGCACCACCCGGGCUACGAGGACUUCCAGCAGAGCCACGAGGAGCGCCGGACGCUGGACAGGAACUACUCGGACAUGGUCAACCUGAUGAAGCUGGAGGAGCAGCUGAGCCCGCGCUCCAAGGGGUUCGCCAGCUGCGCGCAGGACGACCGCUACCACGGCAACCACAGGGACUUUGACGAGGACACCACGUCGGUGACGUCGGACCGGUCGGAGGAGGUGUUCGACAUGACCAAGGGCAACCUGUCGCUGCUGGAGAAGGCCAUCGCCAUGGAGUCGGAGCGCGCCAAGGCCAUGCGGGACAAGAUGUCGGCGGAGGCGGCCCGGCGGGACGGCGUGCGGUACAGCCACGAGGAGCACGGCUCGCGGCACGGCUACGGCGUGGAGCGCAAGGCCCGGCUACCGGACGGCAUGAAGAAGCCCUUCUACCACAAGGAUUCAUCCCGAGCAGAUAAGAAGGAGAGUCGAUGUCCGACGCCGGGCUGCGACGGCACGGGUCACGUGACGGGCCUGUACCCGCACCACCGGAGUCUCUCCGGCUGCCCCCACAAAGACAGGGUCCCGCCAGAAAUUCUGGCUAUGUAUGAGAAUGUGCUAAAGUGUCCCACGCCCGGAUGCACGGGACGCGGACAUGUCAAUAGCAACAGAAACUCCCACCGAAGUCUGUCGGGAUGCCCGAUCGCUGCCGCGGAAAAACUAGCCAAAGCCCAGGAGAAACAUCAGAGCUGUGACGGAGGCCCCAAGUCCAACCAGUCCUCAGACCGAGUCCUAAGCAGCAGCACGCCCCGAUCCAACCUGGCCAAGGAGCUGGAGAAGUACUCCAAGACCAGCUUUGACUACAGCGCCUUCGAGGGCGGAGGAGGCGGAGGAGGCGGGCAGCACGUGUACGGCAAGCGGGCCAUCGCGCCCAAGGUCCACGGUCACCGGGACUCCUCGCCAAAGGGCUAUGACGCCAAGCGCUACUGCAAGAACUCCAGCUCUGCUAGCAGCACCACCAGCACCUACGCCCCCAGCAGCAGCAACAGCAGCAUCCUGAGCUGUGGAGGCGGAGGAGGAGGUGGAGGAGGAGGAGGAGGAGGCAGCAGCGCUAGCAGCACCUGCAGCAAGAGCAGCUUCGACUACUCCCAUGACAUGGAGGCCGCGCACAUGGCUGCCACCGCCAUCCUCAACCUGUCCACUCGCUGCCGGGAGAUGCCCCAUGGCCUGGGCCCCGCCAAGCCCCAGGACCUCUGCUCGCAGAGUCCCGGCCUAGACAUUGAUGAGAACGGUACGUUGGACCUGAGUGUGAGCAAGCGGCUAGGCGUUGGUGGCAUCGGGGCGGUACUCACCCCUCUAGAGCCCAUGUCCCCCCACAGACAGGCUGCCCUGCUGGGCUCCCGCUGCUACAGCAUGGGAGACGCAGCAGACUGCUGGGAGCUCCCCGUAGACUACACCAAGAUCAAACGCAUAGACGAGGACGAGAAAGAGACGGACGACCUGGACCCCUUCCACGACCUGCUGGAUGAGCGGUCGUACUCCACAGACGUCAGCAUGCCCAGCCCCAAGCCCAAGUACGGCCAGUGCAAGGAGAGCAAGAAGGACCUGAUCACUCUCUCAGGUUGUCCGCUAGCUGAUAAGAGCAUUCGAAGUAUGCUGGCCACCAACGCACAAGAGCUCAAGUGCCCGACACCGGGGUGCGACGGUUCGGGACAUAUCACUGGCAACUACGCAUCACACAGAAGUCUCUCAGGUUGUCCACGGGCGAGGAAGAGCGGGAUCAAGAUAAUCCACAGCAAGGAGAACAAGGAAGACCAGGAGCCAAUCAGGUGUCCGGUGCCGGGCUGCGACGGCCAGGGUCACGUGACGGGGAAGUACGCCUCGCACCGCAGCGCGUCGGGCUGCCCCAUCGCCGCCAAGCGGCAGAAGGACGGCUACCUGAACGGCAUGCAGUUCACGUGGAAGGCCGGCAAGACGGACGGCAUGUCGUGCCCCACCCCCGGCUGCGACGGCUCGGGGCACGUCAGCGGCAGCUUCCUGACGCACCGGAGUCUUUCGGGCUGUCCACGUGCCACCUCGGCCAUGAGGAAAGCCAGACUCUCGGGGGUGGAAAUGCUCACAAUAAAACAGCAGCGAGGCAGCAACGGGUUGGAGCACGAGGAGGAUAUUAAACAGCUAGACGACGAAAUCAAAGAUUUAAGUGAAUCGAAUUCACAAGUGGAAGCCGACAUGAUCAAACUUAGGACACAGAUUACAACGAUGGAGUCCAACAUGAAGUCGAUAGAGGAGGAUAACAAGGUGAUUGAACAGCAAAAUGACUCUCUGCUGCAUGAGCUGGCCAACCUCAGCCAGUCACUGAUAAACACUUUAGCUAAUGUCCAGCUCCCUCCUAUGAAACCAUUGGUACACAAAGAAGCUGCCAUUAGAAAUAACAGCUGCUUACAGAUGCACCAACGAGACCCGAUCAGCGAUCAGAACUUUGACGCAUACGUGACAACACUAACGGAUAUGUACUCGAACCAAGACCAGUACCAGACUGCAGAAAACAAAGCCCUUUUGGAAAAUAUCAAGCAAGCUGUUCAAGGAAUCCAAGUGUAGCCAAGCUGCAAUUUGGGAAGAGGAGUUUUUUGGUUGUUGGAUUAUUUUUUGGUUCGUUUUUCUCCUAUUCCUCAGACAGUUGUAAUUGGUGUCUCAAAGUCUGCAGGCAAGCUAAAAGUAUAGGUGACCAUGUCUUUGUGACAAGGUGCGCCAACUUAUCAUAUAGUGUUAAUAUAUAUACAUAUAUAUAUAGUACCUUUUGUUCUUUCAAAAAAAUGAGGUAUAAUGCUCGGAAAGCCUCAAUAAUUUCGUUUUUUCGUUUUCUUUUUGGGUCUUGCUUUUGCGAUGAAAAAAGUUCAGCGACAAAAAUAGUUUUUGAGGACAUUCACAUUUUUGUACGUUUUCAUAUGAGCUGACAUUGUGUCAUGUAAUGUUUUUAGCUGCUCAUGUAUGCACAUUUUAGUGUAUAUUUAUGAACAGUAAGCUAACAAUUAUAGGACGCAAAUUCCUUUUUAUGCUUGUCGACGAAUCAUUUUAGACGAGAAGCUGAGCUGGACAGUGAGAGACAUUUCCCAACUACAAGCACGGAGGAAUCUACUCUUUUUUUUUUCCCUCUACUCAACAGAUCUUUUUUGAAUUGAUGAUUUUAGGUGUUUUGUUCAUCUCGUGUGUAGAAUUAUUAAGAAGCCAGAACCUGUUUGCAAAUUGCUUUAUUUUUUUCGGACGAUAUUCGAGAAAUGUUAUUUUUUUUGUUUUUCGUUUUGCAAACAAACAAAGGAAAAAAACGGAUCUGUAGCUGUAGGUGGGGGCAUUUUUAAAUUGGUGCUGUAAAUGCGUCUGGGAAACGACAAACUGACCUGAUGUAUGUAUGAAUGUAUGUAUGAACAGUUUUUUGUAGACAUCAUUACACGGAAACCAGAUGGUGAAAACCCUGUUAUCCAUGAAGGGAAAAAUUUUACAGAGUAACAAAAAAUAUAUAAAAAAAAACAUCUGUGGUGGUGCAUGCAAGUUCACCACACUCAUUGUGGCAUAAUCAAAAACUAAAGUUAUAUGUAAUAACAUUAGCUUAUAGAGAAAAUGUUCUAGGCUCCCUAGAAUUAAUUCUGUUCAAUUUCAAGAUGUUCAUUGCUAGAAUCAAGACCCUUUCUCAGCAAUAUGAUAAUUAAAAUCAUUUGUUUAUAAUAUAAGUAUGAGAUGCAAUCUGCAAAGGGACGUAAAAAGUUUGGGUAUAUGCAAUUUCUUGUUUAUAAACAACGGGGUAACAUGAGUGUUUUUAAUAUAGCCUAUGUAAAUUAUUGAUUUUUAUACAAAUCUUUUAAUACGAAAAAAAAGCCUUUUUAAAAAAACAAGAGGGGAAAUCUUGGACGUUCGGUUUUUCGAAGCGAAAGUAUAUGAGUUCCAAUUUCUUUCUGUACGAUUUUGCACAGGGACACCUUCGUUUCCAUGUUUUGAUGUUCUUACAGAAACUAAAAACAAGUACCCAAGAGCCUAAAAAAAAUAGGGAGUGUGGAGGAGGGUUUUGUAAAGAGUAUUUAUAGAGAAUGACAGCGGGACUUACAGGGUCACUGUCCCCACUUAUGUGCCAGUAGACUUAUUUGCACUUGUCCUUGAAGAUAUUAUCCUAACGUGUGGCGGUGUGCAAUUUUUUUUUCCCAGGUGACCUCUUUGGCACAGAAUUUGAGCAACGUACUGCAAGUAGCCACUGUAGGCGUUGGGUGGGUACCACGGAACCAGGAAGAACAGGGACUUAGCGGGGGAAAUAGUCGAGGAGAAAUUAGAAUCAUAGCAGUUAUAAUGUAGGCUAUUAUCAACUGUACAAAAUAAAAUCCUUCUUUCUUUUUUUUGUUUUCUUUUGUUUUUAUUUUAUUUUACUUUUUUUGUUUAACUAUAUUUUUAGAAGGCGGAAGUUAUGCCCCAGCAGCACUUUAUAUCUAAUCACUGUACAAAGGAUUAAAUAAUCAAUCAAUUCUAGGUAUAAACAAAAAAAAAAACGAAGACGAGGGCUUGUUCUCCCAGGGCAGGGGAAGCAAUCCCUCCAGACGGGAAGGGGGUGAUACAUCCAGCAUCGACGCCCAUAUGCCUGACUGUAUGCGCCCCUCCGUACUAUUUGUGCUAGUUGUUAGCGAUCAUGUUUGGAAACUUUGCCUUUUUUGAGAGCUAAUGCAAAAGGUGCUCGUUGUUCACCUUAUUGAAAUUCAUCUAUUGUACUUUACCGUCCUCUUUCAGGACCCCUCUCUCUCUCUCUCUCUCCAUCCACUAUGACUGCAUUGCGCCUUUUUCCCACAGCCUCAUGACAGCAGCUUUUCGCCAAUAUAGUGAUGCUUUCAGUAGAGUAUAGCUAGUACCAGUUAUUUUUUUUAGUUCUCAUUAACCUUAACAAUGGACAAAGGGGACUGUUUAAAGCACAAGCCAGCUGCUUAUCUGGUGUUGGUACAUGGGUAAAAAAAAUAAUUUUUGGUGGUGGAUGUGGUGGGGGAGAUGAGUUAUCUCCUUGACUCUAUAAGGAACACAAAAAGGGUUGUCACAUAUUUAGAAUGCUGACCUUUCAUAUAAAUUAAUGUGAAUCCAUCAGAGUUUAUGACUUUAUUUGAACCAGUUCAUUUUUUAGUUGAUUUUGGUGAUCAUUGACAAAGACGGGGUUUUGUAUAAACUAUUGUGCUCUCUGUGGAACUGACAGUUUGAUUUAUUUUUGUACUACACAGCAUGAAUUUGUUGACAUUUUAAUUUUGCUAUAAAUGUGUGAGAUCACAAGUUGCUGUGAUAUUUCAUUUAUAAAUUGUGAACUUUGUACAAUUUUUGUCAUGCUGGAUGUUGACACAUCUUACUCUGAAUAAAGAAAACAAUGUGUUGCCACA